CCAUGAGGGGCCGCAGCCGCUGGUCACAGCCUCAGGGACAGCGAUAGCCAAGACAGGCCACAGCCACAGCGGUAGCCACAGGGCGCCGGGCAGCGCAGCACAGAAUCCAGUUGCCCCGAGCGAUUCAGACGGCGAGGGAAGGCGACGUCGCGGAGUGAUUUUUUCGGUGCUGUUCGGAGUCUCUUCCCGUCUUUCGCCUGUGAGGGGAAAAGUGCCAUGAAAACAUGGUGGAACCGGUUGGCUUUGUGGAAGCCUGGAGGGCGCAGUUCCCCGAGUCCGAGCCGCCCAAAAUGGAGCUGAGGAGCGUCGGAGACAUUGAGCAGGAGUUGGAGAAAUGCAAGUGCAGCAUCAGAAAGCUGGAGCUGGAGGUGAACAAGGAGAGAUUCCGCAUGAUUUACCUGCAGACAUUGCUGGCCAAGGAGAAGAAGAGCUAUGACAAGCAGCGCUGGGGCUUCAGGACGUCGGUCCUGAUGGAAGCCACGGCCGAGCAGCCUCUGCUCCAGCACAGCCCCUCCGCGGGAGACUGGGAAGAAGGAAAACCCUGCGGGGAGGAGAAGCUGAGGAGACAGCCUGGCGAGGAGAUAAUGGUGGACAGCAGGGGUGAUCUGGAAGGUUCUUCUUCCAGGCAGAGGGCCUCCUCCUCCACACGGAGGAUGGCGGCGGGGGCUGAGAAGGACGCGGGCAGAGGGACGAGUCAGGAGGCCGAGCAGACGGAGAAGAAAGAAAAAUCUCCCGGCACAAGCGUGGCCGCUUUGAGGUCCAAUUUUGAAAGGAUCAAAAGAACCAAUUCGAAUUGUGCCGGAGACGGGAAGGCGAUGGAGAAGCCGCUGUAUGUCAAUGUGGAGUACCACCAUGAGAAAGGUUUAGUGAAAGUGAAUGAUAAGGAGGUAUCUGACAAGAUCAGCACAAUUGGGAGUCAGGCCAUGCAGAUGGAGCGCAAGAGGUCAUUACACUCCUUGCCCGGGAAUGUCUCAACAGGGGACUAUCGCAAGCCCGUAUACAGGGGUCGAUCCACCGAUAGCAGCUGUGGCUAUGACCCAGAGUAUGACGAUGUGGAUCUCAAUCCCAGGUUCCUGAAGGAUAAUCUGAUCCGUGCCACGGCCAAUGGGGGCAAAUCAGACAAGAUACCUUGGCAGCACGAAUUCCAACCUUAUGAUAGUGUGUACAUUGGUGGGAUGAUGCAGGACAGCGAUGGGAAGGUUGGUGGCGGGUUAAGGGACUAUGGAAGAUUCCAGAGUACAGCAGAUCAAGAGAAGCACCUGACGUGGCCCAGGAGGUCCUACUCUCCAGGCAGUACCGAUGAUGUUGGUGGGGGUUAUACUCCAGACUGCAGUUCCAAUGAAAAUCUAACCUCCAGCGAGGAGGAUUUUUCGUCUGGUCAGUCGAGUCACGUUUCCCCCAGCCCCACCACCUGCCGUAUGUUCCGAGAAAAAAGUCGUUCUCCCUCUCAGAACUCUCAGCAGUCAUUUGAUAGCAGUAGCCCACCGACCCCGCAGUCUCAAAAGAGACAUAAGCAUCAGGUUACUAUACAAGAAGCAACGAUAGUGGGACUACGGAAGACGGCACAGAUAUGGGCGACUGAAACACCCCUGACCCCCAGGGGUACUCAAGAAGACAAUUUACACGGCGACCCGGAUGCACAGUAUAGUAGCACACCUCCAACAUAUGGCUUUGAUGCGGAUCGGGGAGAAGAACAAAGACGGAGUCAGGAUGCUAUGCCCUACAUUGAUGACUCUCCUUCCUCAUCACCUCAGCUCAGCUCUAAAAGUCGGGGGAGCAGGGAUACUGUAUCAUCUGGGUCCUUGGAAUCCACCAAAUCGAGUGAACCAGAUUUGGAAAAGGGUCUGGAGAUGCGAAAAUGGGUUCUGUCUGGAAUCCUAGCCAGCGAGGAAACGUACUUGAGUCAUCUGGAGGCACUCUUAUUGCCUAUGAAACCACUUAAAGCAGCUGCAACUACAUCUCAACCUGUCCUCACUCAGCAACAGAUAGAGACCAUCUUCUUCAAAGUGCCUGAGCUCUAUGAGAUACACAAGGAAUUCUAUGAUGGCCUUUUCCCUAGAGUACAACAAUGGAGUCACCAUCAAUGUGUUGGAGACCUCUUUCAAAAACUGGCCAGUCAGCUUGGAGUGUACAGAGCAUUUGUGGAUAAUUAUGAAGUUGCCGUAGAAACAGCAGAAAAAUGCUGUCAAGCCAAUGCACAAUUUGCUGAAAUCUCAGAGAAUUUAAAGAUCAGGAGCACUAAGGACGCAAAAGAUCAAACCACAAAGAACUCCUUGGAAGCUCUUCUGUAUAAACCCGUCGAUCGAGUCACACGAAGCACACUUGUUCUUCAUGAUUUGUUAAAACACACGCCGGUCAAUCACCCGGACCAUUCCCUAUUGCAAGACGCACUCCGCAUUUCACAGAACUUCCUCUCGAGUAUAAAUGAAGAGAUCACUCCCAGACGCCAAUCAAUGACUGUGAAGAAAGGCGAGCACCGUCAGCUUAUGAAGGACAGCUUUCUGGUGGAACUUGUAGAAGGUGCUCGGAAACUCCGCCAUGUGUUCCUCUUCACCGAUCUCUUCCUCUGUGCAAAGAUGAAGAAGCAAAUAUCUGGGAAAAGCCAGCAAUAUGACUGUAAGUGGUACAUUCCUCUCGCUGACCUCACUUUCCACACUCUGGAUGAGUCAGAAAAUGCCCCAAACUUUCCACUGGUCCCAGAUGAAGAAUUGGAUGCUAUGAAAAUUAAAAUCUCCCAAAUGAAGAAUGAAAUUCAGAGAGAAAAGAAGGCCAAUAAAGGCAGUAAAGUGAUUGAACGUCUGAAAAAGAAGCUAUCAGAGCAAGAAUCCAUGUUACUGCUAAUGUCUCCAAACAUGGCUUUCAGAGUGCAUAACAGGCAUGGCAAGAGCUAUGUAUUCCUGAUCUCGUCAGACUAUGAACGGGCUGAAUGGAGAGAAAUCAUUCGUGAACAGCAAAAGAAAUGCUUCAAAAGCUUUUCCCUCACGUCUCUGGAACUACAGAUGCUCACAAAUUCGUGUGUGAAACUGCAAACCGUCCAUAACAUUCCAUUAACCAUCAAUAAAGAAGAUGAUGAAUCUCCUGGUCUCUAUGGAUUCUUGAAUGUAAUUGUCCACUCAGCCACUGGAUUGAAACAGACAUCAAAUUUAUACUGUACGUUAGAAGUAGAUUCAUUCGGGUACUUUGUUAACAAGGCAAAGACGAGAGUCUACAGAGACACAACUGAACCAAACUGGAAUGAGGAAUUUGAAAUAGAACUGGAAGGAUCACAGACUCUCAGAAUUCUUUGCUAUGAAAAAUGCUAUAACAAAACCAAACUCACCAAAGAUGAUGCUGAAAUAACUGAUAAAAUCAUGGGCAAAGGACAGAUUCAGCUGGAGCCACAAGCGUUGCAGGACAAGGACUGGCAGAGAACAGUUAUUGCAAUGAAUGGUAUUGAGGUGAAACUGUCGAUGAAGUUCACCAGUCGUGAAUUCAGCUUGAAACGAAUGCCAUCCCGGAAACAGACUGGGGUGUUUGGGGUAAAGAUUGCGAUAGUAACCAAGCGUGAAAGGUCCAAGGUGCCUUACAUUGUACGACAAUGUGUGGAAGAGAUUGAGAGACGUGGAAUGGAGGAAGUUGGGAUCUAUCGAGUAUCAGGAGUUGCAACAGAUAUUCAGGCCCUUAAAGCUGCGUUUGAUGCCAAUAAUAAAGAUGUUUCCAUAAUGAUGAGUGAAAUGGAUGUGAAUGCCAUCGCAGGGACCCUGAAGCUUUAUUUCCGAGAGCUGCCUGCGCCCCUCUUCACAGAUGAGUUUUACCCUAACUUUGCUGAGGGCAUUGCACUGUCUGAUCCAGUUGCUAAAGAAAGCUGUAUGCUGAAUCUGCUGCUAUCAUUGCCAGAACCUAAUCUCAUCACCUUCCUGUUCCUACUGGAUCACUUGAAGAGGAUUGCAGAGAAAGAGCAUAUCAACAAGAUGUCAUUACAUAAUCUGGCUACUGUCUUUGGACCCACGCUUUUGCGGCCAUCAGAGAAAGACAGUAAAAUUCCCACCAACCCCACGCAGCCCAUCACCAUGGCAGAUAGCUGGUCCCUGGAGGUGAUGUCGCAGGUGCAAGUGCUGCUCUAUUUCCUGCAACUGGAGACCAUCCCUACCCCAGACAGCAAGCGCCAGAGCAUCCUCUUCUCCACGGAGGUUUAAGCAGCCAUCGUGAGCAUUGUUGUAGCACCAACCAAGGCUUCAUUUACCACCGGAUAUUCACAUGGGAGCCACAAACACUAGCAUUUUCACACAAAGGCAUCAACCUCCAUCUGUGACCUGGCAUCUUCCUGUGUGUUUCAGUAUGGAAAGUUACAAUUCUUAAAGGUUUACUAGUGUAUGAAGGAGAUGGAUAGUUUAGAGUUUUAGUUUUUGGCAUUCUGUGUAUAGGAACAUAAGACUGAUUUCUAUCAAGUUUGAUAUCCAUAAUAAACAAUUAUGGAUGUAAAUGGGGUAAGCCGAAGCACAGAGACCCAAAUACACCAUGACAAUGGAAAUAACGUUUUAUAUUUAAAGCUCUGCCAGAAGCUUCUGGAAAUAAUGUUUUCCGAUGUGUUGCAUUAGUGCAUCCUUUGCUUGUAUUAACUCAG